ACUCACGCUUCCGGGUCUGUUUUGCUUGCUGCUGGAGGAGAGGAUGCGGAGCUGCGAGAGCAGCAAGGGGAGGAGAAGCGCGGAUAUCUCGUCCACCAUGUGAAAGAGGAGCGCCCGCCGCCCCACUCCGAGGCUCCUUCCCCCUGGUCAGCACACUGAUGAAAUGGAGCCUGGAACAAAUUCUUUCAGAGUGGAGUUCCCUGACUUCUGUAGCACCAUUUUGCAGAAGCUGAACCAGCAACGCCAGCAAGGGCAGCUCUGUGAUGUUUCUAUUGUUGUUCAGGGACAUUUGUUCCGAGCCCACAAAGCUGUCUUGGCAGCCAGCUCCCCUUACUUCUGUGACCAAGUGCUCUUGAAAAACAGUCGACGGAUUGUUCUGCCUGACGUCAUGAACCCCAGAGUGUUUGAGAACAUCCUUCUGUCAACUUACACUGGGCGCCUGGUGAUGCCUGCGCCAGAGAUCGUCAGCUACCUCACAGCGGCAAGCUUCCUUCAGAUGUGGCAUGUGGUAGACAAAUGCACUGAGGUGCUGGAAGGAAACCCUUCCGUUCUUUGUCAAAAGUUGAAUCGUGCCAGUGACCACCAGUCCCCCAGCAGCAGUAACUACAAUGGCCUGGUGGAGAGCUUUGAGAUAGGGUCUGUGGGGCAGGCAGACUUCCACAAAGUGCAGGAUGGUGAAAAUGAAGAAGAAAGCUCGAAAGAUGAACUGUUGUCGCAACUCACAGAACAUGAGUAUCUCCCCAGCAAUUCUUCAACGGAACAUGACCGUCUGAGCACAGGGAUGACAAGCCAGGAUGGAGAGGAAGGAGCAAGCGACACUGCUGAGUAUCAGUACGCCAGGCCCCUUUACAGCAAACCGAGCAUCAUGUCUCACAAGCGGUGGAUCCAUGUGAAGACAGAGAGGUUUGUGCAGGACUGCGAAGGGGUGGAGGUGCAUGGCCCUUACGAUGAGCAGCAAGUGUCUGAAUCCAUGAAUGCCAUUCAGGUGGGCCACUCUGUCCCGACGUCUGGUCCCGAAGACCUGCGUGUCAGUGACAAAAAGAUGGAGACAGAGUUUGGCGAGCAAGCCAAUGAAAGCAAUUACGAUGAGCAAGUGGACUUCUAUGGCUCUUCCAUGGAAGAGUUUUCUGGGGAAAGGGCCGAUGGGACACUCAGCCUUCAGAGACAGGACGCUGGGGUCGCUGCAGGUUAUGGAGAUAGCAUGGAUGUUCCCUCUGGGAUCAAGGAAGAAAAUGCCCUGUCUGGGUUCUCUACAGCUGACAAACUUUACCCCUGCCAGUGUGGCAAAAGCUUUACCCACAAAAGCCAGAGGGACCGCCACAUGGGCAUGCACCUCGGCCUGCGGCCUUACGGUUGUGGUGUGUGUGGUAAGAAGUUCAAAAUGAAGCACCACCUUGUUGGCCACAUGAAAAUUCACACAGGCAUCAAGCCUUAUGAGUGCAACAUUUGCGGGAAAAGGUUCAUGUGGAGGGACAGUUUUCAUCGGCAUGUAACGUCUUGUACGAAGUCAUACCAAGCCUGUAAGGUGGAGCAGAACACUACUGAGAUGAAUUGAAAACAGGUGGCAGGCAGUGUGGUGGGGAGAGUGUAUGGGAAGGGGAAAGGCAGAGAGAACCAGAUUACAUAACUGCAUCAUAGAGUAACACAGAAUGUAUAUGUUGCACAGAGUGUGCCGUGUACUACGCUGCUGAGAUUCUGGAUGGUUUUGUUU